AAUUCAAAACAUUGUAAUACUCAAAACAUAAGAGAAAUUUUUGUUUGUACAACUGUAUCGUAUUCUGUCAUUACGAAGAUUGAUUGUGAUGAUACGAAAUGAGAAUUUUUAAAAAUACUAGAACGAAAUAAACGAGUUUUUUCAGAUAUUCGUUUGACAUCAGAAACGCAGACUUGAUAUUCCAAAGAAUGUAAGUCAACAUUCAGUUGAUGUUGAUCUGAAACGGACUCUUAAGAUUCUAGAAUCAUAAAGAGUUCCAAGAAGAAUUCAGUUACAUCAAAAAUGUCGGCGUUGCAAGAGGCCGACGAAGCUGUUCAUGCUUUGGAAAAUAUCAAUAACCGUUUGCAUCAACAGGGCACAAACAUAUAUGAUGAAGAAAUAAUGAGAUUGAAACAUGUUUUAAGUAGUCCAUUGUUACAUCAACUGCUAGCCAUUCAAGUAUCAUGUGCCAAGCUCAAUGAUAUUAUUGCUCGUACUAAAGGAGAUACAAUCAAUGACUUUGAGUUCUCACAAGAUGGUAAAAUCAUCCCUAUACCAAGCAAGCAACUAAAAGUUCAGAAAGGCAAUCAUCAUGUUGAAAAGAGGAUGUCACUUAACAAUCUAAAACGUGAAAAUAGAGAGCUGUUUGAGAGUCUUAACUCUGCUGCUCAAGGCAGAGAUAUGGAGAAAAUAGUUCUAUCCAAGCCUGAAACUGGAGGUUUGGGUUUCACUGUUGUUGGUUUAAAAAGUCAGAACAAAGGAAAUUUGGGCAUUUUUAUUCAAGAUGUUCAAAAGGAUGGCAUUGCUGCCAAAGAUGGACAUUUACAAGAAGGUGAUCAAAUACUUAUGAUCAACGACAAAAUACUGGAUAGUGGACUAACACAUCAUGAAGCUAUUGCCAUUUUACAAAAAAGCAAAGGAAACAUUGAACUUGUGGUUGCCAAAGGAAUGCCAGGCUCAAUCUCUAGAAGUUCGUCUUUUGCUAGUUCAUCCCUAUCAAGAUCUUCUUCUGCUGUUAGCAAUGUUUCACAAAAUUCAGUAUCUAUUCCGGCGGAAGAUGGAGUUCAUAUUCGCCACAUUGAAAAUAUUGAACUUGCAAACGAUGGAGGAAGUUUGGGUUUUGGGAUAGUGGGAAGUAAAAAUGGUGGAGUUCUUGUCAAAACUAUUCUUCCUAGUGGAGUUGCAGAUAAGGAUGGAAGAAUAAGAAAAGGUGACCAUAUCAUGCAGAUAGAUGACACAAAUGUGUCGAAAAUGACCACUGACGACAUUGCCAAGGUUCUACGUAACGCUCGAAAUCCAGUCAAGUUGGUCAUUGCUCGCGUUACUACCGAAAAUGUCGAAAAAAUGGUGCCGAAAAAUGCAGUCGAAUUAGAAAACGCUGAUAUAUUUGAUGUUGAACUUUCAAAAGAUAACCAAGGUCUCGGUAUUACAAUUGCUGGCUUUGUAAAUGACGGGGAAAAUACAGAACAUUCACCAGGAAUAUUUGUACGAAGUAUUGCUAAAGAUAGCGUUGCUGAUAAAUGUGGUUUGAUACAAAUGAAUGAUCGAAUUGUCGAGGUUAAUGGGAUUAACGUCGAAAGCAAAUCAAAUCUCGAGGCUGUUGAAGUCUUGAAGAAAACUGGUUCAGUUGUGAAACUCAAGCUUGCUCGACAAAAUGCUUCGGAAAUUCCUGAAACAAAGCGUUCUCAAGAUCACGUUUUUAAGACUGACAAAGAGGAAAAUAUCGACCACUCCGACGUCUAUUCUGGGCCUCUUGAUCCGGAUGUUGUACAAAAAAUCAAAGCAAAAUAUAAAUCCAUCGUUGGUGAAGACUCUGAAAUUAUUGUUGUGCAGCUAUCAAAAUUUUCUGUAAACGGUGGACUGGGUCUUAGCUUGGAGGGUUUCACGCAAGAAGGUCUUCAACAUCAUCGUGUUCACACCGUCAAUUCGUACGGUCCAGUUGGUCUUAAUGGAAAUAUUAAGGAAGGAGAUUUUCUUCUUGAGAUAAACGGUACGGACGUUUUGCAAAUGUCACACAAUGAAGUUGUUGAAUUGAUACAAGGAUUACCUCUCAAUUUUCGUCUGGUUGUUGCGCGACCAAAUUUUGAAACCAAUUAUGAGAUAUCUACUGAUAAUAAUUUAUCAAAUGGUGUGUCUGCUCCGUCUAUGUGGUCAUCUGAAGUGGAGUAUAUCGAUCUAGAAAAAGGCGAUAGAGGACUGGGUUUCAGUAUUCUUGAUUAUCAGGAUCCUGUACUUCCUGAUGAAACUGUCAUUGUGAUACGUAGUCUAGUGCCACAUGGCGCGGCAGAGCUAGAUGGUAGACUAGUGCCAGGACACAGAUUGAUGUCAGUGAAUAAAACGAACCUGGAACACGCAACUCUUGAUAUGGCUGUGCAGACCUUAAAGUCAGCAGAAAGAGGUAUUGUUCGAAUUGGUGUUACCAAACCUCUCUCUCUCCUUGAAGACAUUGACGUUCCUACAGGAGAUGAUGACGAGAAUGAAUCAGAUGAAGAACAUCACCAUCCUUUGCCCUUCAAUAUCGAAGAUUUUCCUAACAUUGCUCCUUUGAAAGAUCGUCUUGAGACAAUUCGAAUCAACAGAAAAUCUGUUGGAAAACUCGGCAUUUCUUUUCGCAGUGAUGAAGAUCAGAGUGGCUGCGAAGUGAAAGAAAUUUUCCAGGGAGGAGCUGUUGAUCUUGAUGGACGUAUCAACGUCGGCGACCGUGUUCUAAGUGUAAAUGAUCAAAGCUUAGUUGGUUUGAAUCAUCAUGAAGUGAAAGCUAUGCUGAGAAAACAAACUUUGUUGAAAGAAAUUAGCUUCAUCGUGAUCAAAAAACAAGUUCUGUCGACAAGACGUAAGUCGAGGAGCGAGGAAGAUAGCGAGUCCUCGAACCAGUCUCUCGUUUCAGGAGCAAAAACUAAAGAUGAUAAUGGUAGUGUUGAAAACAUCAGAAACACAGUCAAUUAUCCAUCAAAAGAGCUUGACAAUGAGACAGGGGAAUAUUCAAGUAUCUUAAAUGUUGAAAUCAUGCGAAACCCUGGUCAGAGCCUGGGGAUCAGUAUCGUUGGCGGGAACGAGGAAGCAUUUGGUAAAGGCAUUGUUGGAAUAUUUAUAAGAAGUCUCGUGGAAGGUAGUCCUGCUGGCAAAGAAAAUGGUUUAAAAGUCAAUGAUCGCAUUCUGGAAUUAAACGGCCAUGAUUUAAGUGAUGUAUCCCAUGAUGCUGCCGUAGAAGUGAUACGUAAUGCAACAUCACCAUUGACGUUUGUCGUGGAAAGGCUUAGUGAACAAGACACAGUUCCAAAAACUGCUGACAUAUUUUCUUUAAACGAAGCAUCAGACGAUCAACGAGAUGACACCCUUGAAAACGAACUAGCUCUUGCUGGAAAUAAUGUCAUCGAGAGUUCUUUCUUGAAAGAUGAGAAAGAUGAAGUACAAAGGCUACGUGAAAAAUACCCGGAUGUUGAUGACGAACUUUACACUGUUGAUCUGGUGAAAGGCGAACUUGGCUUAGGUCUGAGUAUUGCUGGUGGACGUGGUGCUAAUGCAAAUAGAAUAUUUGUUGUUGAGGUCAAACCAAACGGUGCUGCGUUUCACGAUGGCAAGAUCAAACCAAUGGAUGAAAUCCUUGAGGUUAAUCACGUGACAGUACGUGGAAUAUCACAUCACGACGCAUCAGCUAUCUUACGUAACACACCAAAACAUGUUCAUCUGGCAUUGGGUAAAACUAAAGAGGGUGCAAAUUCCUCGAAACGUCGUAGUACUGCCUCUCGAGGCUCAACAAUUUCAUUAGAACGUGCCCACUCGCCAUCUUCAGAUCAUUAUGCAUCAAGUUUAUCUCUUAAUAAACUCGUGCCCAGCUCUUUUGCAGUUGAUCUGAAUAUGCCACAAGCAGAUAUUCCUGUGCCUGAAAUGACGACUCAAGAACAACCGACCGUUGUCAAACUUAUAAAGGGACGCAGUGGCCUUGGUUUUGCUAUUGGUGAAGGACCUAGUCAUCGAGCGGGAGAACAAGGAAUAGUUAUCAAGAGUAUUACACCUGGAGGAGUAGCAGAGCAAGAUGGAAUGUUGAGAGUUGGUGACGAAAUUUUAGCAAUCAACGGAGAGUCAAUUGUUGACUGCUCCCAUUUAGAGGUUGCACGUAUACUCAAAUUUUGUACUGGGGAGAUAAAGUUGUCCACAAUCAGACCUCAAAUAGCGAAUAACGUUGUUCCAAACAGAACAAACGAACUCAAUGCCAACUUCCUAUCGAUAGGAAAAGAUUCAAGCAGAAAUUCAUCAAUGGAGAAUUUAGUGUCAGCAGGUAAUCCACUGACCGCACCGAUCAUUUCUGGACAGGAAUGCGAGAUUGAAAUUGAUAAAGGCGAUGUGGGACUGGGUUUGAGUAUUGUUGGGGGAAGUGAUACAGUCCUGGGUUCAAUCUUGAUACAUGAAGUAUAUGAAGAUGGGGCAGCAGCACGAGAUGGUCGUCUUUGGGCUGGUGAUCAAAUAGUAGAGGUAAAUGAUGCAGAUCUUCGCAAAGCUACUCAUGAUCAGGCCAUGGAUGUAUUAAGAAAUACAUCGUCAGUUGUACGUCUGCUUGUUCUUCGCUCUGAAGCACAAUUUAGAGAUGAAGAUGCUUUUGAUUACAUAGAUGUGGAGUUACAGAAAUAUCCAGGUCAAGGUUUAGGCCUUAGUAUUGUUGGAAGAAAGAAUGAUACGGGUGUGUUCAUUUCGGAUGUGGUUAGUGGCGGUGUAGCUUAUCGUGAUGGACGACUUAUGCCUGGUGAUCAGAUCCUCAGUGUGAACAAUGAAGAUAUGAGGAAUGCUACUCAAGAUGUUGCUGCUCGAAGUUUGAAGCGAACGAUUGGUCGAGUUGUAAUCAGCGUGGCACGUCUUAAACCGAGUUCUCGGGCAUCUUCUCCGCGUGUAUCGAUAGAAAGUUCUAGUUUAUACAGUUUUCCUGCAGCUCGUAACUUUCCUAAACCUGGGAGCCCUUUUGAUGCCGAAAAAUUCCCACCUGUCAUUGGACCACCACCUUCAUAUGGUGAGAACGGAGGUGGCGCCCGUAAUCAGGAAACGAGAAGACCGAGAACAGAAGUAAUAGAUUUAGAACGAGGACCUGAUGGACUUGGUUUCAGUAUUGUUGGUGGUCAUGGGAGUCCACAUGGUAAUCUACCCAUCUACGUCAAAACUGUUUUCCCACAAGGUGCUGCGGCCCGAGAUGGUCGCUUAAAGCGAGGAGAUCAGAUUAUCGCUGUGAAUAAUCAAAGUCUAGAAGAAAUCACGCAUGAGGCUGCUGUGGCUAUAUUAAAGAAAACCAAAGGAAGCAUACGUCUUGUCAUUAUACCCCAGGUUGGAUCGUAAUUAAGUGAAUAAAAUCAUAAGUUUUUAUAGUUAUGUAUCACUAUUUAGUCCGUAAUUGAUGACGUAUAAAUGACAUGUAUAGAGCAACGCAAUUGACACAAUAUGACGCAAAAUGUAAAAUCUAUAUAGGAACCAAGAUAACUUUACUUACGCUUAAAUAAUAUAAUUGGCUUUGGCAAAUAAACGAACGAAUGUGAUUCGGACGAGUCAAUUUGUAAUGAAUUUAUACUAAUACAUUUAACACAACAAUCUAACGAGAA